AAAGCCAAUAACCACCCACCCACUCUUAAUGUUGCGCCUCCCCCAUUUUCAAUUAGCCCCUCAUGGGCGGAGUAAUGCAAUUGACUAGAGCUCUCCCCGAGAGUCGAGCCUCAGUCUGAUCCAGACUCCGCACAGGCGCAAACUCCUCACACGGGAAGGUGAUCCGCCGUGGGUGAAAAUGACAGAGCGCUACGACUGCCACUACUGCAAGGAGUCCCUGUUCGGGAAGAAGUACGUCCUGCGAGAGGACAAUCCCUACUGUGUGAAAUGUUACGAGAGCCUGUACUCCAACACCUGCGAGGACUGCAAGAAGCCCAUUGGUUGCAAUACCAGAGAUCUGUCUUACAAAGACCGCCACUGGCACGAGGACUGCUUCAAGUGCUUCCAGUGCAAGCGCUCCCUGGUGGACAAGCCCUUCUCCACCAAGGACGAGCAGCUCCUGUGCACCGAGUGCUACUCCAACGAAUACUCCUCCAAGUGCCACGAGUGCAAGAAAACCAUCAUGCCUGGCUCCAGGAAGAUGGAGCACAAGGGCAACAGCUGGCACGAGACCUGCUUCACCUGCCAGCGAUGCCAGCAGCCCAUCGGCACCAAGAGUUUCAUCCCCAAGGACAACUCCAACUUCUGCGUGCCCUGCUACGAGAAGCAGUUCGCCAUGCAGUGCGUGCACUGCAAGAAGCCCAUCACCACUGGCGGCGUGACCUACCGCGACCAGCCUUGGCACAAGGACUGCUUCCUGUGCACUAGCUGCAAGCAGCAGCUCUCUGGCCAGAGGUUCACCUCCAGAGACGACUUUGCCUACUGCCUCAACUGCUUCUGCAACCUCUACGCCAAGAAGUGUGCUUCCUGCACCACCCCCAUUAGCGGCCUCGGAGGCAGCAAGUACAUUUCCUUCGAGGAGCGCCAGUGGCACAACGACUGCUUCAACUGUAAGAAGUGCUCCGUGUCCCUGGUGGGCCGCGGCUUCCUGACCGAGCGUGACGACAUCCUGUGCCCGGAGUGCGGCAAAGACAUCUGAAGGCCGCCGCCGCCGCCGCCGCUCGCAGAAAUUAACAUGAAAACGAACAUCAAGCAGACGCGGCACAUACUGUAGUGUCUUUACGUCCUUCUAAUGUACAUUGUUGUACGGCAUGAUUACUCUUUUGACUAGAACUGAUGACAAAAAAAUGCUAACAGAAUAUCUACUUGCAUGAAUGAAGUCUUGUCUCGAAUCGACAUGAAUGCAGAUUGCACGCUUCUAACUUUACUAAUCCCUGCGUCGUGUACGGAUAAGUCUCUGUGCAACACUUGUUGACUUUUGUGUCAAACGUAGAUGUGCAUGGAGUCAGCUUUUUGGACUUUAGAAUGACUCAAAAUAAAAGCGUUAACAAGGCAUAA